GCUGGAUCUCUUAGCUAGCCCACGCCUAUAAAUGUACCUUCAAUUCAUUUCUCCAUGCACACAGAUCAGAUCGAGUUCUCUCACGAAAGCCGCUUGUUAAUUAUAUAUAAUUGCUUCCGCAAAAACAUGAAGCAAAAAAUAGUUAUCAAGGUGCAAAUGAGCAGUGCUAAAUGCAGAACCAAGGCCAUGAAGAUUGCCGCAACAACAGACGGUGUGAGCUCGGUGGCAAUACAAGGGUCAGAUAACGAUCAGUUGGUGGUGAGUGGCCAAGAUGUUGACUCGGUUAAGUUGACCCGCUCGCUAAGGAAGAAGCUUUGCUAUGCCACCAUAUUGACCGUCGAAGAAGAGAAGGAAAAAGACGCAGAUACGACAGAAGAACAAGUGGAACCAAAGUUUCCGGCGUGUAAUUAUCAACCAUAUCCCAAGUACUAUGAAGUCGUCUACGAUCCGUAUCAAAAUAACUGCUCCAUCUUGUGAUAUCGUACGAUUUACGAGAUCACCCCUCGAUCUCUUUCAAACCCCCCGAACAUGCAUUUGUUUGUCUGUUGAGUUUGGUGCACUAUGUUGCUCUUAGUGUCAUCUUGGAGCGACUUAUGAUUCGUUUGGGUAUUGAAUUUUUAGAAUUAGAAUUGAA